AUGCCGCUCAAUCCAUCUGUUGCAAAAUCACAUGUACUUCAUCGCGCAUUAGCGUAUGAGCCGCAAAAGAUUGUAUCCGGCUCUGGCAUCUCGUUUACUCUAGAGUCUGGAAAGAUUGUAUACGAUGCUUCUGCUGGUCCUUCCGUUUCAGUCUUGGGGCAUCAUCAGCCUGAAGUCACACAAGCUAUCAUUGAACAGCUAGACAAGAUUGCCUAUGUCUAUUCCGGGAGUAGACACACCUGCGAGGCUGCUGAAUCUCUUGCCACUGAAAUCUUGAAGGAUGCGCCUGGCGGUUUGGUAAAGGCUAUCUUUGUCAACUCUGGCAGUGAAGCUACAGACGCAGCGUUAAAACUGGCAACUCAAUACUUUUGUGAAGUCGGGCAGCCUAAAAGAACCAACUUCAUUGCAAGGAAGCAAAGCUACCACGGAAAUACAUUAGGCGCACUGAGUGUCUCUGGCCAUGAAUCUCGUCGCGCCUAUUAUCAGCCCUGGAUCUCGAAUAACGUCAGCUUCGUUGAUCCAUGCUACAGCUAUAGGGCAAAGGGAUUAUCUGAGUCGAACGAACAGUAUGUCGAAAGGUUGAAAUUACAGCUAGAAGACGAGUUCUUGCGCCUAGGGCCCGACACGGUGGCCGCAUUCGUGGCUGAGACGGUCAGUGGGACGACUCUCGGAUGCGUCCCUCCGGUGCCUGGGUAUUUCAAAGCCGUACGCGAGAUCUGUGAUAAAUACGGAGCUCUACUAAUACUUGAUGAGAUCAUGUGCGGCAUGGGAAAGACGGGAACUAUGCAUGCUUGGGAACAGGAAGGCAUCAGCGGACCAGACAUUCAGAUGAUCGGCAAGGCUUUAGGUGGAGGCUUCGUGCCUCUGUCUGGAGUAUUGUUGAAUCGAAAAGUAUUCGACGGCUUAGCUAGAGGAACCAUGGUCCUCGCUCAUGGCCAUACCUUCCAAGCUCACCCAACAGCCUGCGCUGCUGCCCUUGCUGUGCAGAAAAUCAUUAAGCGAGAGAAUAUUCUUGAACAAGUGGUACGAAUGGGCGACUUCCUCGAAACGGAGUUGAACGAGGAGAUUGGCCAUCUCGCUCAUGUAGGAGACAUUCGUGGCAGAGGACUGUUUUGGGCUGUCGAGUUUAUGCGAGAUCCUAACACCAAGACCCCGUUCCUCGCAGAGCACAAUUUCUCCAAUCGUAUUGUCGAAGUCGCAGCAGAGCUGGGCUUAAAUAUUCUUGGAAAUUUGGGUAAGACGGGAAAGAUUGAUGUGGAACUGGUUAUUCUAGCGCCACCAUACAUUGUGAAAGAGGAUGAGAUCAAAGCCAUUGUGCAACUUCUCAAGACCGCGAUAUUUGUUGUGUCUGAGGAGCAUGCACUUCGCUUUGGGACCAAUGGAUUCCACAGCUAG